AUGAAGUUUGAGAAUUUGCUCGGUCAGCGGGGUACUGCUGUGGCGAAAUGUCUGGGGUGGAAGCAAGGUGAUGAAGAGGAAAGCUGGUCUAAGAAAGCUAUCGAUAGUUUGAUGAAGAAGCUACAAAAACAUAACAAGGAAGCAUUGGCAAGUUUGGAAAUGGCGUUGCAGUGUCAAGGACGUCAACGAACAGACUGCGUUACUAUACCACGUUCACUUGACGGCAGGUUACAGAUAUCGCAUCGGAAAGCGUUGCCACAUGUAAUUUACUGUCGUGUUUAUCGUUGGCCAGAUUUGCAGUCGCAUCAUGAACUGAAAGCAAUCGAUGACUGUCGCUAUUGUUAUGAAUCAGGUCAAAAAGAUGUUUGUAUCAAUCCAUAUCACUACGAAAGAGUGGAAAGUGCUGGUAUCUUACCUCCGGUUCUGGUACCCCGGUAUACUGAACCACCGCCACAUAUUAUACCACGACUAUUACGUAUUUCUAGAUUACAAACGAGUCCAUCGGCUUCAUCGAUGCCAUGCAAUAUUGACUUCAGUCAUUACAGUGAUGCAGUGAUGAUGUCAAAACGUGACGACGAGAUGGAUGCAAGUGUAAUCAUCCCGAACGGUGUUACCACGAUAGAGAUACCAUAUGAGGAAGGGAAGUUCUGGGCUACAAUCAGCUAUUUUGAACUUAAUACUCGUGUCGGUGAACAAUAUAAAGUUUCAUCCCCAACCGUUGAAAUUGAUGGUUUUACGGACCCAACCUCAAAUCCUGGUAAGAUAUGUCUUGGUCUUUUGUCUAACGUGAACAGAAAUCAACAAAUCGAGUCGACUAGACGACGUAUUGGAAGAGGAGUAAAACUUACUUAUGUUCCAAAUCAAGGAACACUUUUUGCCGAAUGCCAAAGUGAAAGUGCUAUAUUCAUUCAAUCUCGUAACUGCAAUUAUUUUCAUAGUUUUCAUCCGACAACAGUGUGCAAAAUAACAAAUGGAAUUUCUUUGAAAAUUUUCGACAUGUCAAAAUUUAGAGAGCUGUUAGCUGAAUCGACACGUUGCUGCUCAUUUGAUGCAAUCUAUGAGCUAACCAAUAUGACAAUCAUACGUAUGUCGUUUGUGAAGGGUUGGGGUGCGGAAUAUCAGAGACAGGAUGUGACAUCUACGCCUUGUUGGGUUGAAAUACAUCUGCACGCUCCACUACAGUGGCUGGAUAAAGUUCUUUCUCAAAUGGGUCCUCCGCCUAAUCCAAUUUCUUCAAUAUCUUGA